AUGGGUAAAGUGAUAUGCGACACUGCGGCCAGUGACAGCUCGGACGGUGAACGACGAAAAAUGAUACGAGAUAAACAGAAAGGUAGAACGAAAAAGAAGAAGCGUAAAAGAGAACUGACAACCAUACAUCAAAAGAUAUUUAAAUCAAGAAAGGAUAGGGAGACAAAGAUCGAUAACAAUCCAGGCAAGGCGCGAAAUUCGAAAAAAAUAUGUAAUAGACUUCUCUCAAGACCUUUAGUUGGGAUAUAUAGAAAUGGCGCCGUGGGAAAAGAAAUACGAAAACCACAACCGAAAAUAUCUUUGGACGAGUCAGGUAUUGCCCGCUUGCAAGGGAAUAUGCUGAAACUUUUGCGCGGCUACAAUUCGAAGUCAGAUUAUAUUAUAGUUGAAGAUAACACCAGAAAAGAGACAAAAGAUCCACAACACGAAUCUAGUAUUAAAAAUAUUCUAUGCCCGACUCCUCUUGGUAAUGAGUGUGUAAGUCCUGUUUUGGGUAAAGCAAAUGGAAAGAAGUGUAUAGAAAAUGUUGGUCCGUCGAAUUACGUAGAAUUUCUACAGAAUCCUCUAAAAACAACGAAACUUAUUAACUCGGAGAGUCCAUAUCACUCUGUGAUCAGUCGAUAUACGAAACUUUGUAACAUAAUUAGUUCUGAAAAUUUCGAAGAACCGAAUUUUCCGCGCCAAGAUGCAGAAAAUCUGCUGUCAACUAUGAAGAAAAAGUUAAGAAGCAACUAUGCGGAAUCGUUCCACAAUAAAUUUAUGCAGGAUAUGAUUAAACGGGGCAUGAUGCUAAAACAAUACAAUACUCCGUGUUGUUCGGAUCAAAAUGAUCUUUAUUCAGAAUUGGGGCAUUGUUCCUCCAAUUAUAGACAAAAUGAAGAACUCGCGUCGGUGUCCGUCGAGGCACCAGAACACCAGGUUCGUUUAGAAAAGAACAAGGACGAGAACAAGUCGAAUUUCAAUUUGGAGAACAAGAGAAACAAAGUUCCCCCGUCUAAUUUGUUAUUUGAUUUUUCCAUACUGACCUCGUCGAACACCGUAGUAAACAGUGUUGUAGAAUCAGAACAAAUUAAAAAACUACAUAACACCGAACUUGAAAAUGACAAUAAAAGUGAACUAAGUGAUCGUAUUUGUACAUCUUUCGAGAUCGAUCAUUUCUGCGAUUUCAAGUGUCAUAGGUCCAACGGUAUAAAUUAUUUUGAAAACCUGAAUAAAAUCGAAAAGCCAAAGGACGUAGAAAAAUCUACUUUGUUUGUACCAACCACGAUUGAGGUAUCUAACGAUUUAAUUGCUGAAAAACCCUUGAUGAGAAGGAAGAAUCAACGUGUAGAGACAUCACAUUUGUUCAACAACGAAAUGAGAUAUUUGAGAAAGCAGAACUUAAAGACAUUGCAGCAAAGUAAAACGAAAAAUCUGAAGCACAUACCUGCAAUACUUAGACGAGGUAGUAACAAUGUCCUGAAUGCUAACGAUCGAGUGAAUUUAUUCAGUGAAUCGAUGCAUAUUAAUAAAGAAUCUCGAGAGAUGGUAGACGCAACGUCGAAGCAAAAUGUUAUUUUUACACCACAACCCCUGAUAAAGGGACCGAAUAAAAAUAUGAAGAGAUUAGAAACAUCUUGCGAUGAAAAUGAAAUAUUUAUAGAUAAGUGUGUAACAGCAUCGCCGAGGCUGCGUGACGAUGAAAUGCGUUUCAGGAGGAAUUCUCGUUCGCAACUGGACUCUAACCAACAGCCGCAAAAUAUUAACAAUAUUUUUCAGAAUAAUAUCAAUAAAAAUCCCAAUCCUCCCGUUCAGAAGACUAUAAUGUUCACGAAGAAGGAUUCGUAUAAUAUAGGCCACUGUUUGCGUUUGAACAGUUUAAUAGCUGAUAGCACGGUGGACAAUUCCAAAGACUGCGUAACGAGGAAAACCAUUCCUCGUCAAGUUGAGAAAUCCACGAACAAUAUUUGCGAGGCACACAAUUGUCAGCGAAUGUCGAAAAACUGUUAUCGAUCCCGUCAUUGCUCGCAGGACUCUGAAGAUUUGAACCACGCGCAACAGGAGCCCGUUGCCUGCGAGAAACUGUUGCUACAAAAAGUACAGUGUCAUCAACAAUGUAAGAACAGUCAACAGUGCUAUAACAAGGAUCAACACGUUUAUUACGUGGUAGUGGAUCAGUGCAAAGAUCAGAGUAGCGCGCAAAAUUGUCCCAACUAUAACGUACCGCCUCAAACGCAGAAACCUAGAACAGUACAGAGUGGACAUUUUUAUCAGAAGGACGUAGCUGAUGUUGGUAUACUUAAAGGUGUACAAAAUUUACAGAUAUUGCCCAUGAUGGAACGCGACUCGCAUAUCAACUUUACCAACAAUCAGUGCGUCGAAAAUACUGUGCUGCUGGAGGAACAACCGGCCAAGUAUUUGGCCUUCGAUAAUGACUCGAAGGUUCAAAAGAUCCCGAUAUAUAUGCAAGCUAAUAAUUGCGUUACCUCUGUUGAUAACGCGGAAUCGACUAAUCCGAAGGUUAAUUAUCGCGUUGUGUCAUAUCCCCAAGAAACCUCGCAAAAUGUGAUAAUUAUACCAACAUGUGAACAGGACAAAGUAAUGUACGUUAAAGAGCAAAAUUUAGCUCGUUCAAACGUCUCGUUCGAGCAAUGUUCGCAUCCUAGGAAGGUAGUUUUGUAUCAACCGGAAUGUCAUUCGAAUAUUCAGUGCGUUAAAGAUUCUUCGAACGUGUACAAAGUACAUGUUCCAGCACAGAAUAUGAUAGAAAUGAGAAAUUCUAAUUAUGAUGCAAUCGCGGUUAAUUUGCAACAUACGAACAAUGUUCAGAAGUCGCAGCGGAGUGUCGCCAAGGAGAAAUACCUACAUUAUCAACCGAUUGGUGUUUCAGAGUGCAACGAUGCUUGUGUGAGAACUCAAGCAGUUUUCUAUCAAAGAUGAAGCUAUCAAAACUCUUUAAACGUAUAUUGUAUUCCUUAUAUGUUUGCUAUUAUAUUUCAGUGAGAUACGUACAAUUAUUUGUUACGUUUUUCCUUCGAUAAUUUUUUCAAGUAUUUAUAAUUUCUGGAUUUAAAGCAAAUUUAAAUACAAA